AUGUUUGAAAAUCAACUAGAAAAAGGCUACUUUAUGUUCUCAAGCGGCUACAUUCUCUUCAAGACCGGAACAGUUUCCCUCUACGCCGCUUCAAUAAACGAUGCAAGCAAAUCCCCAGCAAUUUACCUCAACAACGUUCCAUCCAAAUAUUAUAAUAACGAAAUUAGAAGAUUACUAAUACAAAUCAGUUUCGAUAAUGUAGUUUUGAGCGGUUGUAAAAUGUUUACAAUCACCAGAGGACUUUUGUUAAAUAUUGCUUCUGCAAUAGUGGCCUAUGAACUGUUACUUCUUCAAUUAACUUCUAUGUUAUUAGAGGAUGAUAAAGAAAAUAGAAAUAGAGAAAUUGAUGGUCCACAACUAUAG